ACCAAGGCCAGUCUGACGCCGGCAACAGCAGCGGCCAACGUUCGAAUCCAGCGCCAACGUUCUUCUUUCUUCGUCCGCCUUUUCGUGAACUUUCUCUGGAACCGAAUUCGCCGUGUUCGGCAGCUCGUGCCGCUCCAAAUGAUGGCCGCAUUUUGUCGUCGCAUGAUGCGAUUCACGUGGUGGCCGACCAAAUUUGAUUUGGUGUGUCAACUGAUUUAGUUCAUUUUUGAUUAAUUGUCAAUUGUUCGAAUUGCGUUCGGCCCCGAGAGGUUGAAAAUGGUUCAUCAACAAUCGUACGAUCACCGACACUCGUCCUACCAUCCGCCUCCUGCGGCGUUCAGUGAGACGUCACCGGUGAUGAACAAAAACUAUGAACACCAACAGCAAGGGGAAGAUGACAGUUUGAGGCAAAUCGGGAAGAACAACAACAACAACAAUAACAAUUCGUCGUCGUCGCCAUCGGCUUCGUCGAACGCCGUGAAUGAUAACGACACCUUUGCGCGUUUUUGGCCUCAGCCAGCCAAUAACGGAGCAGCAACUAGCAGCGCUGCUACUCUUCUUGCAGGCCAUCCCUGCGGGCCCAUCACUAGCGGCACCAAUGGCAACAACUCUUAUUCGCCCGUUGAGAAUGACGUCCGGUGGUCCAAAUUACUCCGGCACGACGGUACACCCACCAAGGUUUUAUUAUAUCCCGAAGAAGGAUGGGCCCGAACUGCCACCAACGCUUAUUGGCUCCUGUCUAUUCCUUGGUGGAACCGGAAUCGCUGCAAAGUUGUCGAAGUCGCCGGAACGCGGAGGAGUACGACGCAAGCCAAAUUGAUUGACGCCGGUGAUAGGCGAACUGUUUACGUUGUUGGCUCGUUUAAAAGCUCGUCGACGACGUCGGCCGAUCUCUCAUCGGAGCCGCAAUUCAAAUUAGCGCUGACGUCACAUAUAACAACAGCCGAUGUCAACCUCGGCUACUUGAUGACGGGCACCCUGGAACGCGGCCGUCACAGCGAUUCUCUCCAGCCGACUCACUUCGCCGUCCUUCGCAAAUUCGAUUGGAAUAAUCCUUGAAACCAAAAUGAUCCCAAAAUGCCCUAAAAAGUCAAAGAAAAACAAAAAAAUAACUGGCCUCUAUAAAUCAAUGAUUACCUUAAGUAUAGUUAGACGUGUUGAUUGUGCGUCAUCAUCCAUUCUAUCACGACCGUCCGAUUUGAUUAGAAAAACAAAAAAAAGAAAAGUGAAUCACUCUUGUUUCUUCCAAAGUUUUUCGUCGAGUUCGCGUUGCCCAUUUGUUUUCCAUUAUACCGUACGUACUGUAUACAUCUAUACCGUGUCACUUCACUCCCUCUACAUGUAUAGCUAUACGUGCUACGCAGACACGAUAUAUAAUUACAUGUAUACGUAUAUAUAUAUAGACGUUGCUGGUGUGCAUGCAUAGACACUACCAUCAUUAGGGAUGCGCCGCCAAACUUGCCACUUCAUUCAAUGUCUCUGCUGCGUAUAUCUCAACGGGCUCUCUCGUGUUGACCAUGUUACAUACAGCAUACACACUGGCAAUCGUCUGCUCGUUUUUCUGCUGCUGUAUCUUUUUGCCCGCCUGUAAUAUUAUUUCCUAUUUCUUCGUAUUCUAUCAGCUUUCAUUCUUGUCAUGGCUACCCCCUUUCUUGCUCUUACCCGUUCCUCACAUUAUUUGUGUGCAUUCUCCUUUGUUUUAUUUGUUUUGUGUUUUCAGUCUCCGUCCCUGGAAGGAUCGUCUCUUUGAAUUCAAUCUGAGAACAAAAGAAUUGGAGAAUGAAAAAAAAAAAAUGUCUUCAUUUUUUCCCGUGUCUGCCCUGAACGCUACUCGCAUUAUUUAUUUUUUGUUCAACAAAACAAAAAAAUCUGAUAUGAAACUUGACUUGAAACGACGAAUGCGAUGUCUAUAGUCUAUACCAACCAAUGUAUUUUCCAAUAGAACACAACAGAGACAGAGAGGGAAGCUCGAAUUCUCAGCUUUCUCCGCAUCUUCUCCCAAAUCUCGUGUUGCUCCUUAUCUUUCUAUUUCCCCUCGGCUAUAUACUAUACUCGGCAUCUCUUUGUAUAAUAAUACUCGUGCCAAUACAAUCGGCGUCGAAUUUGA